AUAAAUUUAUAUCUUAAGAAAAUAAUACAUCAGCAAUGUUGGAUUUACCCCUUAUAUUGUGUGUGUUGGGCUGCUUCAUAAGAGCGCCUCUUGUAUUUAGCCAUGGUCGAUUAAUGGAUCCACCUGCACGUAAUGCAAUGUGGCGAUUUGGAUAUCCAAAUCCUGUCAAUUAUAAUGAUAACGAAUUAUUCUGCGGAGGUUAUGCAGUGCAAUGGGAACAAAAUCAAGGUAAAUGUGGUGUUUGUGGUGAUGCUUUUCACCUAAGAACUCCACGUCCACAUGAAGCUGGAGGAGAAUAUGCAAAAGGAAUUAUAUCAAGAUAUUAUUCAUCUGGUCAGGAAAUCGAUGUUGAAGUUGAGUUGACUGCAAAUCAUUAUGGUCGUUUUGAGAUGUACUUGUGUCCAAAUAAUAAUCCUCGUAAAGAAGCCAAUCAAGAGUGCUUUGAUCGUUAUCCCCUUUACAUAUCUGGAAGUAGAGAACAUCGCUUUCUUAUACCUCGUGAUACUAAAAAGAAGGACAUUUUCCGCUAUCGCGUACGUCUGCCACCCUACGUCACUUGCACUCAAUGUGUUUUGCAGUGGACUUACUAUACCGCCAAUAUGUGGGGCACAUGUGCUAAUGGUACCGAAGCCGUCGGGUGUGGUAAAGCAGAAACGUUCCGUAACUGUGCGGAUAUAGCGAUCGUUUCAAAUACAGGAGGAGGCUUACCUCCUCUAUUUGUCAACAAUAGAAAUCCGUAUUUAUUGUACUAUAGAGAUUAUAGAGCACCCGAAGAUAAAAAUGUUUUUCCAUUAAUUGUGAGGGAUCAAAAAUGUAUUGCUUCAAAUGCUUUCCGGAACUUACCUGGUAUGGAUCAAUGGUGUGAAACGAAUUGUUUGCGUUAUCCACCAAAUUGUCCACAAACAGCAUGUCAUUGCCCAAACGAGUGUGUUGCCAUUGGAGAUCUGGAGGGAAAAGAAGGGGCUGAUACAUAUUGUAUGGAUGCCUGCCUUAAUUAUGGCUCUAAUUGUCCAAUUGACAAAUGUCGCUGUUUUUAAGUAUAUAAGAAAUUCUGUAACUUUUAUUAAAUUUAAUUUUAACAACAUUUACAGUAACUAUAAAUACUUUAAGCUGUGCUUGGAACUCUGUGCCCGCUAAAAUUAAAUAAAUGAAUUAAAGAAGAAAGUAAAUCUUUUUUAUAUGCAUACAAACGUGAA